AUUAUUGGGAUGAGUACUCGACCUCGUCCCGCCGGAUUAGCUGGAGCUAUUAGAGAUAAGCAAAUUUCCAAGUUUAAUGAAGAAGAAGCAAAAGCACUUUUGGAGUGGAUACAAGAAAUUGUCAAAGAAGAAAUUAAUACUGACGGAUCAUUCGAUAAUUUCCGGCAAACAUUACGAGAUGGACAAAUGCUUUGCAAGUUGAUGAAUGCGAUUAAGCCAGAAACAAUCAAGAAAAUUAUGAAACCUGUGAGUAAUUUCAAUUGUAUGGAAAAUAUCAAUCAGUUUUGUACUGCAGUUCGUUCACUGGGUGUUAAGGAUGAAGAGACCUUUCAGUCUGUAGACUUAUUUGAAGCGCGUGACCUUUUUUCUGUUUGUGUCACGUUGCAAUCGUUGGGUCGUUUGGUCGAAAAACAAUUCUCAAUAACUCCUCCACGACAGAUUUCGAAAAAAGAUAUCUAA